AUGAACAUGGACGCCAAACAGCCAUUAUCAAAAAAUGACACAAUUCGCCUUCGUAAGAGACAUGUUGGAGAAUCGUGUAAACUUUUUUUUCGGAGUAAUCCCAUUAAGAUAGUGAGAGCUAAGGGACAGUAUAUGUACGAUGAAGAAGGCAGAAAGUACCUUGAUUGCAUCAACAACGUUGCCCACGUUGGCCAUUGUGACGAAACCGUUGUUGAGGCGUCAGCUAGGCAAAUGGCAACUCUGAAUACCAACAACAGAUUCCUGCAUGAUAAUUUGGUACUUUGUGCUAAAAAAUUGACAAGUACCUUCCCUGAAUCAUUAUCGGUUUGUUUCUUUGUCAACUCUGGUUCAGAAGCCAAUGAUCUCGCAUUAAGAAUUGCUAGAGCUUACACCCAUAAUGAAGAUGUCAUAUGUUUGGAAGAUGCAUACCAUGGCCACUUAAGUUCCAUUAUUGACAUAUCACCCUACAAAUACAGGAAGCUCGACAAAUUUCCUAAAAAGGAUUGGGUUCACAUUGCACCCCUCCCCUAUGUCUACCGAGGAAAGCACAGGGAUGUGGAAACUGCCGGAGAGAAGUACGCUCAGGAAGUUGACAAACUGAUCGCAGAAGCAACGGAAAAUGGAAGAAGAAUCGCAGCAUUCAUUUCAGAGUCUCUUCCAAGCUGCGCGGGCCAAAUAAUGCUGCCUGAGAAUUAUUUAAAGAAUGUCUACAGAUCAGUAAGAGCUGCUGGAGGAGUAUGUAUUGCCGAUGAAGUGCAAACAGGUUUUGGCCGAGUGGGAAAACACUGGUGGGCCUUCCAGUUACAAGAUGUAGUUCCAGAUAUCGUUACUAUUGGUAAGCCUAUGGGAAACGGACACCCUGUAUCUGCUGUGAUUACAACCAAUGAAAUUGCUCAAAGUCUAUUGUCUAUUGGAAUGGAAUACUUCAAUACAUUUGGAGGAAAUCCCGUUUCUUGUGCAGCAGCUCUUGCCGUAAUAGAAGUUGUGGAAAGGGAUAAGCUCAUGGAGCAUGCCGAUCAGGUUGGAACUUAUCUACUUGAGGAAUUAAACAAGCUUAAGGAGAGAUAUCCACUUAUUGGAGACGUGAGAGGUAUAGGCCUCUUCAUUGGGAUUGAACUCGUGACCGACAGAGCUAGCAGAACUCCUGCUGCCCCUCAAGCUCAGCAUAUCAUUACAAGGUUCAAGGAGGAAAAGAUCUUAGUGAGUGCUGAUGGUGUUGAUCGAAAUGUUUUGAAGCUUAAACCACCAAUGGUAUUUAGUUUUGAGGAUGCAAAACAUUUUUUGACAAUACUUGACGAGAUUCUGAGUGAAAUUGAAGAUUUAGAAUCUGAUUUGGAAGAAGUAUCGGUAACUGCUACAAUUAACACCAACUCAUCUCAGAGGAUUGCAGCUGUAAACUAA